AUUGCUGAAUACAGAACGUUCUAAAUUAUUAUCGAUAAAUCGACAAAAGCAGACAUGCCUUCACACCAACGAUACUGUUGUAUAUGUAAAAACUACGGCGGAAAGGUAGUUGAUGGAAAGAAAGUGUCAAUGCAUCGAUUUCCAGCUGAUUUGCGUGUAAGAAAGGUGUGGAUUCAACGUUGCAAGAACACUCGACCUAAUUUUGUGUUUGUAAAUAGUGAUCAAACCAGGAUGUGUGCUGUGCACUUUAUCGGACGUUGUGGGCCAACAAAAGGAAAAUCCUCUUCCUUGUUUCUUCCCAAAGGCAGAAGGUGGUGAAAAAGUGUACAAGCUCUCGACAAUGGAGAGUGUUGCAGACAUAGACUUAGUGAGCACUGAAGAAAAUAACGACACUUCCGAGAUGGAGCUGACAACUGACAACCGGUCACCAGACAUGAGCUUUGAGAAUGACGCUGAUGGAAUACCAGUUGAAGGCAACGAAUCAAUACUUGAUAUAUCACUAAGGCUCCAUGACUAUGGACAGUUCAGACCAGUGCCUUCCAUAAUUCGCCAUCAGUGCCAACAGGCACAGCCACAUACUGUUUCUGUCUCCACGCAGACAGAUGAAACUAGAAUUCCAAAGACGACAUCAACACAGACUCCAUUAGUGGAAACUGCUUCUAAUGGAUGUCAGGCGACAAGACCAGCAUUCACUUUUGAAGAUGUUACAGACGACAACAGUAAAGUCCUGUUCUUCACUGGAAUACCAAACGCGGGAACUUUUAAGUGUUUGUUUGAUGAACUUGAAAGUGGUAUGAAAGUAAACAACUUAGGCCGACCAAAGUCUUUGAGACUUAUUGAUGAAUUUUUCUUGGUUUUAAUGAGACUCAGACUUGGACUUCUGCUUGAGGAUUUGGCUUUUAGGUUUCAUAUAUCUGUAGGAACUUGCAGUACGAUUUUUAAUCGUUGGGUGAAUUACCUUGACACAAGCUUGAGUUUCUCGUGAAGUGGCCAACACGCAAGAACAUAAAUGACACUAUGCCUCAAAGAUUCAGUCGUAAAUAUCCAAAGUGCCGAGUAAUAAUAGACUGCACGG